AUGUUUCCUCCCCUUGGGCUUUCUACUAUCGCUGCGAAGCCCAUUCCAUUGACCGUUUCACCGCGCCAGGUUAUCCUCAGACACCGCCUCCGUCGCGCCAACGAUCCGUUUAACCACUCAGUUCUUCGAAACCUAUCCCGCAAGCUCGCUGGUUGGCACUCCUUUUCGACCUACAAAUACCGUGUCAUUCCUGAGUGGCGACGGUCAUCCAUGUCGGCAUGUGACCGCAUAUUUGGGAGUUGCCUGAUUCUCAUGCAGCUACAAGACUUUUAUGACAAUUUCAAGUUGGCGUCGGAUCUGAACAAUGACGAGAAGCUGAACUGGGUUGAACAAACCCUGUGGCUCGCAGAGUGCUUUCUUCAACAGUUCGGCGAGCUCGUGCCUUUCCUCACUGACGAGUUUAUCGAAGCGAUCUUAGAUGUCGGGCCAACUAAUCCGAAAUUAAGAAUGGCCUUGUCAUUGAUGCGACGGCUGAUCGAGGCUUAUUCGGUCAAGUCGGACGGUGCCAUACGGGAUGCCCAGAGCGAAUUAUUGAGGGUACCCACCGAGACAUUUGUUGAGCUACUGGUAUAUACCGUUACGCCCUUAUACCGAUACGGUCGUCAGCUGAAAGAUGCAACCGAUGCUUUGGGAAACGAGUGCUGUGAGUUGGACAUGGAAUAUCUAGCAAACACCCUGUACAAGGUCAUGGGAAGCAACGUGCCAUUUUGUGGAGCUGCCGGCAUGCUCUGCCGCCGGGUAGGUGACGAGCGAGACUUCCAGAGGCAAGUAACCGUGGGAAUGGUCAUCGGUUCUGGUCUGGCAACAUUGGCCUUCUGGCCCAUUGGUGUUGCUGGCCUGAUCCUCUCCGGGAUUCCGGGGAUUGGAUGGUACAGGAAAGCCCAGGAAUAUACAAACGUUGAAGAGAUGGGCAAGUUCGGCCAGGAGGUCGACCUCCUCGGCUCAUGCUGCAAAACCUACAUGCUCCUCGUCGUGACAAGAGCUGGGAGUUUCUUUGAUCGGGGAACGCCACAGUACGAGUCGUAUGAGCGACUGUUGCGCGAAAUCUAUGGCGUCGAUGUGAGCAGUGAGGACUUUCGGAUCAAUGACCUCCUGAAGAGCAAGGGGCUCGAGAUCUUCCAGAAAGUUGAUGCCACGAGGCUGAUGGUACACAAGCAUGGGAAAGACUAUGGUGUGAAGACUUCAAUGGAGGAGUAG